AUGCCUCAAUCAUUGAAUUCGAUUUCAUGGAAGGCGAAAUGCGUUGCAACAGCCGCACUACUCCUCUGCCCUCUUUUGAGCAAAAUUGGACUUGUUGGAGCUGACAAUCCCUUUGUACAGACGAUUUACACAGCAGAUCCGGCACCGAUGGUCUAUGAUGAUCGUGUGUAUGCCUUUCUUGACCAUGACAACGAUGGCGCUACGACCUACGUGAUGACAGAAUGGCGUCUUUUCUCAACAGCAGACAUGGCAAACUGGCAAGAUCACGGAUCUCCUGCCAGCCUGGCCACCUUCAGCUGGGCCAACGCCAAUGCAUGGGCUCCGCAAGUUGUUGCCCGUCAUGGGAAGUUCUAUAUGUACGCCCCAAUGCGCCACACUACCGGUGCAAUGGCUGUGGGAGUCGCCGUGAGUUCCACCAUCACAGGCCCGUACAAAGACGCCUUGGGAAAACCUUUGGUCGAGAAUAACGAGAUAGACCCGACGGUCUUCAUCGAUGAUGACGGUCAAGCUUAUUUGUACUGGGGAAAUCCAGAUCUGUACUACGUCAAGUUGAACCAGGAUAUGAUCUCAUACAGUGGAAGUAUAAUGAAGACUUCGCUCACAGUUGCUGGCUUUGGGCCAAGGACUGGUAGCAGUACGUCGCGCGCGACAUCCUUUGAAGAAGCACCUUGGCUUUACAAGCGCAACGGCACCUAUUAUCUGGCUUACGCAGCAAAUUGCUGUUCCGAAGACAUCCGAUAUUCAACCGCCCCUAGUGUCACAGGGCCCUGGACAUACCGAGGAGUUAUCAUGGCAAGUGCCGGCUCAAGCUUUACAAAUCAUGAAGGCAUCAUUGAUUACAAGGGCAACUCAUACUUUUUCUACCACAAUGGUGCCUUGCCCGGCGGGGGAGGUUAUCAGAGGUCAGCAUGCGUUGAAAGAUUUGUCUACAACUCUGAUGGUACUAUUCCUACAAUUAAGAUGACGACAGCUGGGCCCCCGCAAAUUGGCACUUUGAAUCCUUAUGUGCAGCAGGAGGCAGAGACAGCAGCUUGGUCCCAGGGUGUAAAGACGGAGGUCUGCAGUGAAGGCGGCAUGGACGUUAGUAGCAUUAACAACGGCGACUAUAUCAAGGUUAAGGGUGUUGCCUUCGGUACCGGGGCUAAGUCUUUCUCUGCUCGCGUUUCUUCCGCCACCAACGGAGGUACGAUUCAAGCGCGCCUAGGGAGCACUUCAGGCACUCUUGUUGGAACUUGCACUGUAUCAGGCACUGGCGGCUGGCAGACAUGGAAGACUGUAACUUGUCCAAUAAGUGGGGCCACAGGAACCCAAGAUUUGUACUUUGUCUUUGCAGGUAGUGGUUCUGGCUUCUUGAUUAACUUCAACUGGUGGCGCUUUGACGAAAAAUAA